UAAAAUGGCUGACUACGGAAAGUUGAAGUACCUCAGUGGGUUUGGCAACGAGUUUGCCUCGGAAGACCCAAGAUGUCCUAAUGCACUACCAAAAGGACAGAACAACCCCCAGAAGUGUGCGUAUGGUCUGUAUGCUGAACAGCUUUCUGGUACAGCAUUCACUGCACCAAGGGUCCACAAUAAGCGGACGUGGUUGUACCGCAUUCGACCGUCUGUCCUCCAUGGUAAAUUCAAGCCGUUACAUCAAGGUAACCUGAGUCACAACUGGGACGAGUGGCAUCCUGACCCUAACCAGAUGAGAUGGCACCCAUUUGCAAUACCCGACCCAUCUCUUGGAAGAGUGGAUUUUGUUGAGGGUAUGAGUACAGUGUGUGGGGCCGGAGAUUGUAGAAGUCGUAAUGGGAUUGCUGUGCAUGUCUUCACCUGUAAUGCAUCUAUGGGGGAUAAAUGUUUUUACAAUUCCGAUGGAGACUUCCUAAUUGUUCCCCAGAAGGGCACAUUGCUGAUAACGACUGAGUUUGGUCGCAUGGCAGUCGCACCCAACGAGAUAUGCGUCAUUCAGCAAGGGAUGCGCUUCAGUGUUGAGAUCAGUGAAGCAUCACGCGGCUAUGUUCUGGAAGUCUUCAAUGGUCACUUUACGCUUCCUGACCUUGGACCUAUUGGUGCCAAUGGCCUUGCCAACCCAAGGGACUUCCUAACCCCAUCAGCCUGGUACGAAGACCGCUCGUGCGAAUACACCGUGGUCUCCAAGUACCAGGGGAAACUCUUCUACACCCAGCAGGAACAUUCACCGUUCGAUGUCGCAGCUUGGCACGGCAACUACUGCCCCUAUAAGUACGACCUGGACAACUUUAUGGUGAUUAAUGCUGUGGCGUUUGACCAUGCUGAUCCGUCCAUCUUUACAGUGCUUACCUGCCAAUCUAAUAAACCGGGUGUGGCCGUUGCAGACUUUGUUAUCUUUCCACCACGCUGGUCCGUUCAAGACCACACCUUCAGACCGCCCUACUAUCAUCGGAACUGUAUGAGUGAGUUUAUGGGCCUCAUCAAGGGGAAAUAUGAAGCGAAGGAGGAAGGAUUCCAAGCAGGGGGUGCUACUCUACACAGUAUGAUGACCCCUCAUGGUCCCGAUGCUGCAUGCUUUGAAGGAGCAUCCAAUGCCGAGUUGAAACCACAGAGAGUAGCUGACGGCACUAUGGCGUUCAUGUUCGAGAGUUCUUUCAGCAUGGCUAUAACCAAAUGGGGAGGCCUGACCUGCCAGAAGGUUGACGAGAAGUACAAAGAAUGCUGGGAGCCUCUCCAGAAACACUUCAAGUCAUCUUAAGAACGAAGAUGAACACAAGCAAGACUCAAAAGCUGGACCAUUGACCACAUUCAUCCGAAGUCAUCAUCCAAAUAGCUUUGUUGCGCCAAUUUGGGAGUGCGUGCCCCUGUGUGUGUUGAACAUUUUAGCUUGUGCAAUUUAUAGGCAAGACUGAAAUGAGCUGAGUAGUA